GACACAAUUUAGACUCGUACAUCUUUGCUUCAAUUGGAAAGUCAGCAAGUCGAUUACAACAUCGGCAAGUUAUAACGUUGGAUUAUCGCUGCAAAAUUAAAUUGAUUUAUAAUCCAAUUGUUCUCUUAUUUAUUGACGAUUCAUUUAGUCAGCCGCCACAGCAGCCGAUAUUCCAUCAGAUUCUUCCUAAUAAAGGUUUCUUUCGGUGCUUACCUGUUUAUGGAGAAAAUUGAGCAUGGCCCCUGCAUCGUUUAAGAAGACAUAUGGUGAAACACAGUCAGCGAACAUGGACGUUUCUGGAACUAUGGUCAAAUCUUUGCACGUUCUUCCUUCUCCUAUAGAAGAAAAUUUCCCCCGAUUGCCAAAUCCGCCUCAAGUUUUUUCUUCUGAUUCUGGAUGCCCUACUAGAAUCCAUUACUCCCCCAACACAAGUGGAUCAAUAUGUUCGACAAUGUAUUCGUUGUCGCCAAAAGGUGGAGAUUCUUUUAUGGAAAAUCAACAUCCUUACUCGGUUAUGCAGUCCACAGAGUUAGGAGACUAUGCAAUGGAGAACCAUGAUGUUUCCUGGAAUGAGAUCGAGAACUUUCUCGACGCUCCCUUGAAAAUGGCGGACCAGGUUGGCCGAAUCGACACAUCUAGAGAUCCUAUGGUAGCAGAAGACCAUUCUAAGAAAACUAAUUGGCAGGAAUGGGCCGAGCAGUUGAUUACAGUUGAUGAUGAGACACUCGAUUCAAACUGGAGCGAUCUUCUUGUUCAGGGAAAUAUUCCCGAACCAGUGGCUAAGCUGCCGGAUCUGCCACAUAAUGCAUCUUCACGUCAACUACAAACUCAGCAGCUGCAGCGUAAUCCUGUGCCAUGUUCAAAUGAUUUUCCAGCAGUAGGCUCUCCAACUCCGCCCUCAAAUAAAGCACGGAUGCGCUGGACUCCGGAGCUUCAUGAGGCUUUUGUUGAUGCCGUGAAUAAGCUCGGUGGUUGCGACAGAGCUACACCAAAAGGUGUUUUGAAGAUCAUGAAUGUCGAAGGCCUGACUAUCUAUAAUGUGAAAAGCCACUUACAGAAAUACAGAUCUGCAAGAUAUAAGCCGGAAUCACCAGAAGGAAAUCCGGAAAAGAAGUUGAAGACUGCAAACGAUAUGACAUCCCUCGACUUGAAAGCAACUGUGGGCAUAACUGAAGCUCUCCGACUGCAGAUGGAAGUUCAGAAGCAGCUACACGAUCAACUUGAGAUUCAAAGAACUCUGCAGAUACGAAUCGAAGAACAAGGGAAGCGUCUCCAAGAGAUGUUCGAUCAGCAAAGAAAGCUGGAGGAAGUUAAAGGGAAAACCCCGUCCUCGAAAACGGAUACACCUCAAACCCCAGUGAAACAAACGCGGCCUUGCAUCGGCAACGACAAGCCAGAAUCAUCAGCAUCCGUGAAUGAAGUGGCGGCCGAUGGCUGCGUUUCAGCAGAGGAGGAUCAAAGUAAGGAGAUGCCAUCUGACAACGGCCGUGCAUCCUCGGGACGAGCCAAGGCUAGUGAAACGGGAGCGCUCGGAUCGCCUCAUGAAUCAUGACAGAUGCUCUUCUGAAAGAUGGUGCUGAUUGGGGAUUCUUGAUUCUGAUGCCAACUAGAAACAGAAUCUAAUUUUUUUACUCGUAUUUGUAGAUAUUUAUUUUGACUGCAGUUUGAAUGACAGUUUUCUUCAUAAAGUGACUGUGUUUGUCUUGAAAAAUUUGAUGAUGUGUUUUGGAAUAUAGUUUCAUGAAUUAUUGUA